CGUUUGAAUAUUACCACCGUUUCUACCAACAACCCGCGACAGUUUACGAAAUAAACUCCAACUCUCCGUAACAUUUUUGAUAUUUAAAAGAACAAUUAUUUUUAUUUUUCUAUUGUUUAUUCGUGAAGAGUUUUUUUUUAAAAAAAAGUUUUUUUCGUUCUCAUCUUUUUUGCUCAAAAGUGUAGUAAUAUUUAAAAAAAAAAAAUUAUUGUUUCUUUUUUUUUUGAAAAAACUAAAGUUAAAACCACUUAAUCGACACGAUGGUAUGUUCUAUUGAUGAUAUUGCUGACGAGCUGCCGCCAGAGCAGAUUGCUGUCUUGCGCAAGGCUUUUGACAGUUUUGACAGGGAAAAGAGUGGCAGCAUACCUACUGACAUGGUAGCAGAUAUUCUUCGACUUAUGGGACAACCUUUCAACAAAAAAAUUCUCGAUGAACUUAUUGAAGAAGUUGACGCCGACAAAUCUGGACGAUUAGAAUUUGAGGAAUUUGUGACUCUAGCAGCAAAAUUCAUUGUUGAAGAGGAUGCUGAGGCUUUGGAAAAAGAGCUACGAGAAGCUUUCAGACUUUAUGACAAAGAAGGCAACGGAUAUAUUCCAACGACAUGCUUACGUGAAAUCCUCAGAGAAUUGGAUGAUCAAUUAACCGACGAAGAACUUGACAUCAUGAUUGAAGAAAUUGAUUCUGAUGGUUCUGGCACCGUUGAUUUCGAUGAAUUUAUGGAGAUGAUGACUGGAGAAUAAAAUAUUGAAAGGAUGAGAUGAGAGAAGACCAAUUUGGUGCAGCAGUCAUCAUUUACUUUUACUUGUUAUAUUGUAUUUUCAACAAUUCGAUGAGAAUUUGUCUGAAAAACAUUAAAAAAAAAAAAAAAAUAUCGUAAGUCAGAGAAAAGGAAUAACAUCUAAAUAUUGUCCAGAGAUUGGAUAAAGCGACUCUCUUUGGACGUUAAUUCGACAAUCACUUUGGCUCGAUUUUCUAUAUAUAAUAAAUACAAUUUUUACUAUACAUAAGUUACACUACACUCCGUUCUUACAAGAGCCUACUUAAUUUUCCAUGGUCAGUAUUUAUUGUUGUUAAUAAAAUUCGCUAGAAAAAAUGA